CCCGCCGCCACCGCCACCUCCUCCCGUACCCGCCCCCUCCCGAUCCAGUCCUCUCCCUCCCACCCCCGACCUCGCCGUCCUCCCUCCCCUCCCCGCAUCUCCCGGCCACCUCUACGCCCGAGGAGAUCGAGCGAGCGACCUCGCUGUCCUUGCAGCCUCCUCCCACGAUUCCCCGCACCCGAGCCCCACGAGAGGAGCUCCUCCUGUGGUUUUGCACGCCGCCGCCGGCGACCACCAGCCACAACUUGCCGGGGCCCGCAGAUGAGUGCCACCCUUCUUCCGGUGCUAUCCUUCUUCCUCCUUUUUCUCUCUCACACAUCUCAAUUUCUCUCUUUGUCUCAAACAGUGCACUCUGCCGCCAUGGACGCUCGCGUCCCCGACCUUGCAACGUGCCGCCCCGAUGCCAAGUCCCUCCUCGCCGUUCCUGUGCCGCCAAGCCGAAGCCUCGCCCAAGUCCAAGAGUCGCCGCCGUUUGCCUCCUCGCCAUGGCAUCCCCUGCUUCAUUUGCUUCACGGACAGAGCUCCGUCUCCGUCAACGUGUCCUCUCGCCGUCUCUGUUCGCUGUCGGGCUCGAUCGACUCCAGCAACACCCCCACAGACAAGGUGGUGAACCCGCUGUUCGAGAAGAGGCCGAAGUAGUUCGGCACCGGUGGCGCCCUGCAGCCAAAGAAGGACCUCCACCGGUUCGUCAAGUGGGCCAAGGUCAUGCGCAUCCAGCGCCAGCGCCGCAUCCUCAAAUAGCGCCUCAAGGUGCCCCGGCGCUCCAUGAGUUCACCCGCACCCUCGACAAGAACCUCGAAGUACAUGCGACGUCCAGUGUCAACGAUGAUGCGGACCAUAUGUUCAACUACAGCUCCAUCCAUUGCAUCGACACAAAGAUGUUUUGCAUCAACCUGUCAUUGCUAAGGGAGAAGCGGGACUUGGAGAAGAAAUCUUUCCAUUAAGCAGAUUACAUGUUUGGUUGCUGUAAAGUACCAGAUAGGCUAGCUAGUUCUAUUUUUUUAACUAUCCUGGAGUAUUUCAGCAGCUGUACGCUUGAAUACAACAUGAUGUAGGUUGCUUGGACCUGUAUAAAAUACGGAUGUGACGGAAAUUUGUAGAAUGUGUGAUUUGAGAUAUUUCUGUAACACUCAGCUAAUUGGUAGUAACUUGAUUCAUAUUUUUAUUCAAGCUAGUUUGAAAA